AUGGUAUCUCCAGACUCUCAUCCUGGAAGAUUGCCCUUUUUAAAGGCAAAUGAUAGAUGUCAGUUCAUUCGUACUGCAGUGGCAAAUAGAAAAAAUUCAGUAAAGAAGACAAUAGAGAAAUUCAAUUAUCUUGGACUAAAUGAGAUUAGUAUGAAAACUGCAAGACAUAUUCUUCAUGAACAUGGCUAUUUUGGUCAU